CCGAACACAUGAAGAGAGAGAUUAAAAGAUGUGUUUUGCCUGUUCCUUGUCUUGUUUAAUCUCCCAAAGUCUCUCUUUCUGAUAAUUUUCCGACAACAGUUUCGUCUUAGAGAAAAAACAAAAAAAAAAUGGCUACAUUUGCACUUCCGUUCUGCGAAAUCCCCGAGGAUCUCCAGCUCCGAAUCCUAUCCUUCCUCACACCAACAGAGAUCUCCAGCUUCGCCUGCACAUCGAAACGCUUCGCCUCGCUUUGUCAAGAAGACGGCAAAAUCUGGCACGCUAUGUGCGAUCGGAGAUGGGGGAAGAAGACUAAGAUCCAGAAAUGGGGUAACGGCCAAGUCUCGUAUAGACUCCUUUACAAGACUCUCAAUGGAUUGGAUAAUCUAAUCGGAUUCUGGCGUCUCUGCGGCAGAGCAAAUCCCGCCGCUUCGUCUCCGCCGCUUGUUUUCUUCGAUUGGGGUCCUUCUUUUGUAUUGGGAUCUAGAGUUUUGUCAUCCGGAGAUGAUACUUAUCAGGUUAAGAAGACUCCGUUUCUCCUGAUAAGGAUCUCUCCGGAGGGACGAUCUGAGAACUUCUUGGAUCUCGGUGGUGGUGGUUGUAAUAAUCUCAGAUCUUGUGAUGAUUUUGAAGCUUCUUUAAGUGACAAACUUGUUCCUGUGGAUGUGAAUUUCAUGGGGAAUGGUCAUAUCAUGGUGGAGGAGAAUCGUAACAAUCUUAGAGAAGAGCAGAAGAGCUCAGGGGACGAGAGUGAUGAUGUGAUCUCUUCUCCUGAUUUCUCGGAGAUGUAUACUCAAUUUGCGAAUAAGACGAGUCCAGGCGGUGAGAGAAGGAGACAGAGGAGGAAAGAGAAGGAGAGGCAAGCGUCUAGGACUAAGUGGGAACCGGAACAUUUUAUCAAAGUUGCUGAUUGCUCACCUACGCCUACUAAACCAUUACAAGGCUUAUGGAAGGGUUUUUGUGAGGGAAGGAACAUGGAGUUGUAUUUGGUCAAAUACGAUGAAGUUGGAGGCAUUAUAUGCAGGAAAGUAGAGGACUUGUCUUUAUCAAGGCACACUCCUCCUGUGUUCUGGACACCCAAUCACGUUGUAAUCAGAUCACCCUUUUCAGCUGAGGAAGAGCUGCUGUUGAAUAGUCGAAUCCAUGUCAGUCCUCUAGCUCAAGUUCACGAGAAUGUUGUAUCUGGAAUGUUGUACAUGAAGUCUAGUUACGAUAUGGUGUUGCAAGGAGAAGCAGGCAAUGGUAGUGGUUUCCUCAGAGGUGAAGGGCGGGUCUGGUUGUAUGAAAAUGGAACUUUCAGUUUUGGGUUUCUUCGAGAUCAAUUCAUCAUUGAUUUGAAACAUGUUGCACUCGAAGAUGGGUGUCUGGCUGACGAGUUGGUAGCUAGUAUGUGAUUUGUUCUGUUCAUUGUUAUUUCUAAAUUCUGAUAGGUGAUAAGAUGAUCACCUUUUUCUUCUGUACAUAAAAGAGUUUGGUGACUCUUUGUACUUUCAAGUUUUAGUCUCAUUUUAGUUGACGUAAACUAGGAUGCUGGAAUAUUGCCUUGUAUUUAUUUGUUUUCUGUGGAUUCUGUAACUUUUCCAGUGGUUCUAAGAAUAAGAGAUUUGUGGAUUUAUUUGUAAA